AUGAUCUUAAUAGAUAUCAUAAUACUUGUAAUUUAAGGUUUUUUCAAAUAUGUACUACCGAUUUUAUUUGCAUCGUUUAUUAUUUAUGAAUGGCCUAAUCUGAAUACAAAUUAGGCAAGAAUUUUAAUGAGCAUAAAUGUAGUAUUGAUAAUUAGACUAGAAAAUUGUUUUGCAUUUUAUAGGUCUUUUAUUUGUUUUUAAGUAGAUUCUAUAAACAGAAAAGUAUAUUUGAAUAUGAAAUGACAAUUUUCUUGACAACUGUGAAAGUUGUGAAUUCAUUCCAAGCUUAGACAUCCAGUGGAUCAAUAUAUAUUAUAGUACAAUACACAAUUAAUAGAUCUGUGAAUGGAUUUUCGAUUUGUUUCUACUAUGCAAUGCUCUUUGUUAUGCUAUCUCUUUUUGCACAAUUAUCCUUUUUGUUCUUAUAGUGAUUUUCGGACUCAUUAGAGGAGAAUUUCCUAUUGUUAAUAGAGCAUUAACUUAAGAAGAAUUGUAGAGGCUGACUAGAAAACCAUGGAUUGAAUAUCAUGUAUAAUAAUAAGAAGACUGUCCUAUUUGUUUAUGUUAAUUAGAAUAAAUGGAGAUCGUUGUACAAUUACCUAAAUGCAAUCAUUAUUUUCAUGACUCUUGCAUUGAUGAAUGGC